CGUCAUUCCGUCCAUCAUAUCCUCUACUGUACUCUCCAUACUCUCGUGGUACGCUUUGUUUUCUUCACUAUGGCAGAUAUAGACGACGACGAAGCUCCUCCAGCGCUGGUUGAUGUCUCUCAGCUUCCGAACGUGGAAACUCAAGAUGCGGCGAACGCCAUAGCCACGAAUGCACCGUCAGAAAGUCGGGUGCCUAUCACGCUUGUAACCGGGUACCUUGGCGCAGGAAAGACGACUUUGUUAAAUUACAUUCUCACUGAAAAGCAUGGCAAGAAGAUCGCCGUGAUAAUGAAUGAAUUUGGAGACUCCACGGACAUCGAAAAGCCUUUGACGGUCAACCAAGAUGGUCAAGAAGUCACCGAGUGGAUGGAAGUUGGAAAUGGCUGCAUCUGCUGUUCUGUCAAAGACUCUGGCGUAAUGGCCAUCGAAUCUCUCAUGGAACGCCGGGGAACCUUUGACUACAUUCUACUAGAAACAACAGGUCUCGCAGACCCAGGCAAUAUCGCACCCGUAUUCUGGGUCGAUGAUAACCUCGGCAGUUCGAUCUAUCUAGAUGGAAUCGUCACACUUGUCGAUGCAAAGAAUAUCCUGCAUCUCCUAGAUGAGCCAACCCCCGAGGAAACAGUGCCCAACCACGAAAAGGAACAGGACCAUGGUCAUACUCAUUCAGGUCCCGUACUAUCCAUGGCUCACAUGCAGAUAUCACAUGCGGAUGUGAUUAUCCUGAAUAAGGCUGAUCUCGUCACAUCGGAGGAACUCAAGAGAGUCCAAGAACGAGUGCAGGCCAUUAACAGUGUCGCCAAGAUCCAUGUAACGGAUCACAGCCAGACACCACAGAUUGAAGGGGUUGUAUUGGAUCUACAUGCCUACGAUCACUUGGCUAGUCUGGAUUUCGGGGAGAAGGGACAUAGCCAUAUUGAUCCGGCCAUCUCUACAAUAGCAAUAACGACACCUCCCAUCUCGUCUGAGAAGAUUCCCCGCGUAGACGCAUGGCUCCGCUCCGUUCUUUGGGAUGCUGAUCUCCCACCUGUCCAGUCUGGAAUACAGUCUCAGCCUCAUCCCUCUGAUUUUGAUAUUCACCGCCUAAAAGGCGUAUUGAUCACCGAGGACGGAUCCAGCAGGAUCAUUCAGGCUGUUCGAGACGUAUUCGAAAUUCGGGAUGCCGAGCCAACUUCGUCUGAUGAAGGUCCGAAGCAAUGUAAGAUUGUUCUUAUUGGCCGGGGAAUUGGACCGGACGCUCAGCCGUGGCAGAAGAGCUUCGAGGCGUUUUUAGGGAGGAGUUGAGUAGUAUAUGCGCAAGAAUAGAAUACAAGGUUGGAUAUGGCGAAGUGAAUUGCAUGAUAUAGAGUGCUGGGGCUCUAGGUUACGGUGAUGAUGAUCUGAAUCAACGAAGUCAUGGUGAAUGAGAAAGAGUCGAAUAGUCUCAUAUAGCACUUCCUUUUUGGUACAGCUACCUCUACCGAGUUGAAUGAAUGCAUCAGUAAAAGCUGCCAGCUUUAGAAUAUCUA